GAGCUCCUUAGGCCUUUCUGAUGAAAAUCAAGCUUCAGUAUAGCUUCUCGUGGUUGCUCUUUCUAGACUAAUAGAAUGAACAUUAAAAUAUGAGAAGAAUUGCAUUAACCAGAAGACUUGAAUAUUCAUUUACUCGCAAAUUUAAAAUCUGCUUCAAUCUGAAUAUUUGAUAUUUCAGAUCUAUCAUGGUUUGAUCUUUUGGUUCCUUUAUGCAUUUGGGAUCUUCCGUCCCUGGUUUUGAAGUAAUAAUUUUUUUGUCUUCUUGAAUUGUCUUAUCUUUUUCCAUGCAUGUUAGCUUAGGCUUAGUAAUCCCAAAUGAUGAGUGCCCAUUCUUCCUCUUUUGUGACGUGUUAAGACUGUAUUCCAUGUAGCAUAUGGAUUGCUGUCCUGCUCAUUGAACAUCAACAAUUGACAAAUUCCAGAAUAUUGAAAAAUUCUUUUUGAGUAGCCUUAUUGAGCUUGUAAUAAGAUAUCUCUGUGCAUGGUUGAUAAUAUAAAAUGCAGCACCAGUAGAACUAAACUGUUCUUUAAUAAAAUGAUGACAUUCAAUUAUCUCCAGAAUUGACUAACUGCAUUUUAUUCUCAGAAUGAGAUUGAUUGUUACUUGUCUGCUGUGACAGAAUACCUGAACUGGCUAUGCAUAGAGCUUUUGAUCCAAUGGAGAAAGAUUUGUGACCAUAAUGGAUCCUCAGGCUUUCAUCAGGUUGUCAAUAGGCUCCCUUGGGCUGAGAAUUUCUGGAACAACUUUAAAUUCUGCACAAUCUGGACUCCAGGCAUUCUCUGCUCCGUGUUCAUGUGAGAUACGACUUCGAGGUUUCCCUGUGCAAACAAUAGCGGUCCCUUUGUUAUCCUCACCUGAAGUGGCACCUGAAAUUCACAGCAUUGCCUCAAUUUUUUAUCUUGAAGAAUCGGAUCUGAAAGCAUUACUGACACCUGGCUGUUUUUAUGCUAAUCAGGCAUGUCUUGAGAUUGCUGUUUUCACAGGGAGAAAGGGAUCACAUUGUGGUGCUGGCAUCAAAAGGCAGCAGAUAGGAACAUUUAAGCUGGAAGUAGGCCCUGAAUGGGGUGAGGGGAAACCGGUGAUUCUUUUUAGUGGCUGGAUAGGUAUUGGCCAAAACAAGGAGAGUGGAAAACCUGGAGCUGAACUUCAUUUGAGAGUGAAACUGGAUCCUGAUCCAAGAUAUGUGUUCCAGUUUGAAGAUGUGACCACAUCGAGUCCUCCGAUUGUUCAGCUGCAGGGCUCAAUCAAGCAGCCCAUAUUCAGUUGCAAAUUUAGUCGAGACAAGUGGGUCACCCAGGUAGAUCCCUUGAGUACCUAUUGGUCAACUUCCGAUGAUGGUGCUGAUGUUGAAACAGAAAGAAGAGAACGGAAGGGGUGGAAGGUGAAGAUACAUGAUCUUUUUGGCUCGGCUGUUGCAGCAACCUUCAUAACAACUCCCUUUGUGCCAGCAACAGGUUGUGAUUGGGUUGCUAGGUCCAACCCAGGAGCUUGGUUGAUUGUUCGUCCAGAUGCUUGCAGGCCUGACAGCUGGCAGCCAUGGGGAAAGCUUGAGGUAUGGUGUGAACGUGGCAUCAGAGACUCCAUUUGCUGCAGAUUUCACCUCCUGUCUGAAGGCCAGGAAGGUGGUGAGGUUCUCAUAUCUGAGAUCCUCAUCAGUGCUGAAAAGGGUGGGGAAUUUUUCAUAGACACUGACAGGCAGUUGCGAACUGCAGCAACUCCAAUACCAAGCCCACAAAGUAGCGGAGAUUUUUCAGGACUUGGUCCCAUUGUUGGUGGUUUUGUUAUGAGCUGUCGAGUGCAGGGGGAAGGGAAGCACAGCAAGCCAUUGGUUCAGUUAGCCAUGCGACAUGCGACAUGUGUGGAGGAUGCUGCAAUCUUUAUGGCACUUGCAGCUGCAGUUGAUCUUAGCAUUGUAGCUUGCAGGCCUUUCCGUAGAAAGCUCAGAAAAGGGUCUCGCCAUUCUUUAUGAAAAACACAAACUAAGGGGAUUGAUUUUCAUGAACAAAGAAUGGCUCUAUUUUACUCUCUUUUUUCUUUCAUUGUUGUAAAAUUGGAAAUGUACAGGAACUCUUAUUUACCUUUUCCUGAAAUUGUCAACUCAAUCAUAUAGUACAACUUCAGCCACAUGAAAA